AUGGAUUCAGUUAAACGGUCAUCAGUCACCCCAACUAAGAGCCGUCUGGCUCGAACUUUUGCAAAAGUCCUCAGCUUUCAAGCUGCCACAGGUGACGACUGUAUCCAAAAGGGAAAAUCUCGAGGAAAGACGAAUAGGGAUCAUCAAACCAAACACGCCAAGACUCCCUCACUCGAUGCAGAAAACGAGAAGUUAAAAGACCAUUUAAUUAAUGAAGCUUUUCUCGCGAAGCUUUUCGCCAGCCUGUCGUCUAUUAAAGCUGCUUAUGCCCAAAUGCAGUCCGCGCAAUCCCCUUAUGAUGCUGAAGGGAUUCAAACCUCGGAUCAAACGAUAGUGUCCGAGCUGAAAAAUCUGUCCGAAUUAAAACAACACUACUUAAAAAAUCAGAUAAACGAGAGCUCGCCCGAGAAAGCUCUCGCCUUAGCCGAGAUUCAAGAACAGAAGAGCCUUCUCAAGACUUACGAGGUCACGAGCAAGAAGCUGGAUUUUCAGCUCAAGCUCAAGGACUCGGAGAUCACUUUCCUUCAGGAGAAAUUAGCCGAGGCCGAAAGUGAAACCAAAUUGCUGGAGAGGAAUUUAAAUUCGAGCAUGCAAUUUUCCAUGCCCGGCGGCCUCCGGUUAUCGGAUCUGAAAACGAGCCAUUUCGCCACGUACCAUCGGGAGGUGCUGAAAUCCGUACGGGCCUUUGUUCGGCUGCUUGUGCGUGAGAUGGAGUCCGCAAGGUGGGAUCUUGAUGCGGCCGCUAGCUCGAUCGAGCCAGGUAUCUCCUUCUGGAAUCAGGCCCAUAAGUGCUUUGCAUUCGAGUCGUUUAUCUGCAGGCAUAUGUUCCAUGUGUUCGGCCCGCCCGAUCUCCUCCAGCAUGGGCCCUCCUCGGAGAAAAGAGACAUUCGCCGCGAAUCGUUUGCUGCUUUCCGGGAGAUGCGUUCGGUGGAUCCCACGGAUUACUUGGCAAGGAAGCCCGAAUCGCCGUUUGCUUUGUUUUGCCGCGAGAAGUAUUUGAAGCUCGUGCACCCGAAGAUGGAGUUUUCCCUUUUCGGCAAUUUGGAGCAGAGGGAUAAUUUGGUGGUGGGGUCCGGCCAGGUCGUGCUGCCCGAGACGGGUUUUUAUUCGGCGUUCUGUGAGAUGGCGAAACGCGUGUGGCUCUUGAGGUGUCUGGGCUCGUGCAUGGAGGCUCGGGUGGAGAUUUUUCAGGUGGCGAAAGGAAGUCGAUUCUCGGAGGUUUACAUGGACAGUUUGAGCGACGAUGCCUUUUCUCUAUCGGGUGUCGGCUCGGGAAGCUAUCCACGGGUGGCUUUCACGGUGGUCCCCGGUUUUACAGUCGGUAAGACGGUGAUUCAAUGCCAGGUGUAUUUAUACUGA